UUUUCUCUUCUUUUUUCUUUCUCUUCUUCCUUUUCCGCUGCUGCUGCUGUUUGGAGCACGCCGACUGCACUGCACCACGCACACACCAUGGCGAGCACGGCAAGAGGGAUGUGGACAGCUAUCAGGUCCAUGUCAACCAAGCGGCUGCGCAAGCCCAACAGGAAUCCACUCAUGAAGAUUGUGCUCCUGGAAAACAUUCCAAGCUUGGGGGAGAAGGGAGCCGUCACAGAAGUGAAGCGCGGAUACGGCCGUAACUUUCUCAUUCCACAAGGAAAGGCACUCUACUUGAACAGGGACACACGAGCCUUUGUCAACCCAGAAGCCAAGUCUGCCGCAGAGAUGCAGGCACUGGUGCCUGAUGAGGUUGCCAAAAUGGCAAAGAUUGAGCGGCACAUCAACAAGAAGUUGGUCGAGCUGCACCGCAACAAGUCCAAAACAUUCGAAGUCACGCCUGACGCCAUCAGUGUUGCUUGCAAACACCAGUUGUGGCUUGAGGUUCCCAAGGAACGGAUCGAAAUUGUCAACCCAAUCACGAAGCAUGGCCUCCACUAUGCCAACAUCCACCUUGCUCCUGACCGCGUCGCUUCCUUGCAAAUUGAUGUCAUGCCUGUUUGAUCCAGUGAUGUGCUGCCCUUGAUGUGAUGGUCACCAAUGCACACACGCAGAGGACACCACACCACACCACACCACACCACAACACACACACACACACACAGACACACACACACACACACGCACACACACACACACACACACACA